GGGGACCGGGAUUAGACCAUGACGUCACAAUAUGGCGGAUCUGUGUAGCGCACCGGACACUUCACUGGGUCAACGUUUAUUUUAAGGUCGUUAUUUAGACACUACGCAGUCACUAUAGAACAAAGCGUGCGUUAAUGUGAUUUCUGUCUCUGGUUGUCUACACAUUUGAUGCUAAACAGAGAGCUUUCUGGCGUCAACGCUCACUUGACUGAGCCUCUCCACGGAGAGCUCUGAGCGGGCUGGAAGCUGCAACUAGCCGGAAGAACACAACCAGCGAGGAGGGGAUGGAGAUAGACUGCCAGCCCGAGGAACCGGUCAUCUCUUCUUUUGACGAGGACUGUGUUGAGCUUCGUGACGUCAAGGACAUGAAAUUGGAGGCAGAGGCAGUUGUCAGUGACGUUCUUUUUGCCGUUGCUGAAAUGCACUUGUCACAAAGUUUCAACAGCGCGAGGGAUGUGGCCCACAUAAACGUGGAAACAAAAGAGGGAAACCGGUAUUGUCUGGAACUCACAGAGUCUGGACUACGGGUGGUGGGCUAUGCCUUCGAUCAAGUGGAUGAGGAUUUGAACACCCAGUAUCAUGAGACUAUUUACUCUCUUCUGGACAAGCUGAGUCCGGGUUACAGAGAAGCCUUUGGGAACGCUUUACUCCAGCGGCUCGAGCAGCUGAAGCAAAACGGACAAUAAAAAGAACCAACAUGCUGUAUACGUGGAAUGAGGGCUGAUGAUGCAGGGUGUAUUUGGAUUUAUCCACCUGCCUAGCUACCAUUACAAUAAGAGCCCCAUCAACUUAUUUUCAUACCAUUGAAUGACUUCUACUGCUAGGUAUUGGCUAUAUGGGCUCUGUUGCAACAUUGUGUUGUUGACUUUACUGUGGUAAGAUCUUCCAGCUUCCACAUGAUUCAAAUCUGUGUCAGAGCACAUCGUCCGAGUAUUCUGCACCUUUUUGUAUUUGUAAUUAUCCGAGAAGGUGGAGCAGCAAGUUGUGAAUUAUUUUUUCAGUUUAUUCCUCUACCCUGCUUUCACUGUAGUUCUGACCUGAUAUCUGCUCAAAUAUACGUAGCUACUACUUAUUCAGCACCUCAAAGAGCCAAAGCUAUAUUCUUUCAACUCAAGCUGCCUUAAUGACCUUUGGUCAAAAAGGUUGAAAAAAAAACAUUGACUCAACUUAUUUUGUAUGGCUGACAAGGUAAUGAAACAUUUUAAAAGUGGGUUACUGUCAAGUUUUGCUUCAAGAUUACAUUUUCCAUACCGCACUACACCUCAAGCUUGCUUUUGCUAUACAAGUAAAUAAACUCCUUUGUAUUCAUGUCA